CCCCUCGUCUCCGUAAACAGAGAGAAGAGAGAAACCAGCAGCAAAUCCCACAUCCGCCUCCGCCUUCCUUUUCCUGCCCCCGAUCGAAACAGAGAGCUAGCUAGAGAUAUUCCCGCGAAUCUUCUGCUCCGAUUCCAAGCCCGUCCCGGUCUCGGUCGCGCCCCACUCCUCCUUCACUCCUUCUUCACCGGAACCUGCGGCGGCAGUUCGAGUCGAAUCGCUCCUCCUCCUUCGUCGUCGUCUUGGCGAGGCAGAGCAACAGAGGCCGGGAGGAAGAAGAAGUCGUCGGCGGCGGCGAACCGGACAUGUGCGUGGAGGGAUUCGAGGACGCGCAGAUCGAGAGGCCGGCGGAUUUCGCGAUGGAGAGAGUCUGUGAAAACACAGUGUCCAUUGAUUUCAAGCAAGCCAAGAUGGUGGCUGGGAUUGGAGAGAGCUGGCACAAUUUUGUCCCAGCUAUCCGAUCAGGGGAUUGGUCUGACAUUGGUGGCCGUGAUUACAUGGAAGAUGCGCAUGUCUGCAUCCCCAACCUAGCCAAGAACUUUGGGUACAACAUGGUGGAUGAUGAAGUUAUUUCCUUCUAUGGGGUGUUUGAUGGACAUGGUGGAAAAGAUGCCGCACAGUAUGUUCGCGACAACUUGCCACGGGUCAUUGUGGAAGAUGCUGCUUUUCCUCUUGAGCUCGAGAAGGCAGUCAGGAGGUCGUUUGUGCAAACUGACAGUCAGUUUGCAGAGAAGUGCUCUCUACAGGAUGGGCUUUCUUCUGGAACAACUGCACUUACAGCAAUGAUUUUUGGGAGGUCUCUUCUGGUCGCAAAUGCUGGUGAUUGCCGAGCGGUCCUCUCCCGGCGCGGCGCCGCAAUCGAAAUGUCCAAGGACCACAGGACCUGCUGCCUGAAUGAAAGAAAGCGGGUCGAAUCCCUAGGCGGCUACGUCGACGACGGCUAUCUGAACGGCCAGCUAGCGGUCACCAGAGCGCUGGGUGACUGGCACCUCGACGGCCUGAAGGAGAUAGGCGAGCCGGGAGGCCCGCUGAGCGCAGAACCGGAGCUCAAGAUGAUCACGCUGACCAAGGACGAUGAGUUCCUCAUCAUCGGCAGCGACGGCAUCUGGGACUACUUCUCCAACCAGAACUCGGUGGACUUUGCGCGGCGGAGGCUCCAGGAGCACAACGACCUCCGGCGGUGCUGCAAGGAGAUCGUGGAGGAGGCGAUCCGGCGGGGCGCCACUGACAACCUGACGGCGGUCAUGGUCUCCUUCCACCAGGAGGCCCCUCCCCAGAUCAGGGUGAACAGGGCGGGCAGGGUCGAGCGGAGCAUCUCGGCCGAGGGGCUCCAUAGCCUCAGGGUGCUCCUGGAAGGCCAGUGAUCGAUCUCCGACGGCGCGCCAUUGUCGCCGCCUUCUUCCUCUGCAUUGUUGAGUGUCAACUGUAAGUACCGAUCCGCCGUCGUCGACAUGCCAGUUGUGGCUCCAUUGUUACCUGGGAAUAAAACCAACGAACCUGAAGAAGAUCUCACCCGCCAUUGUGAAUUGUUUGUGAGGCACCUGUAAAUAUAAGUUGGGAGCUUAAUUAGGGUGGUAUAAAAGGGAGUCAGUAGCGUGCAUCCAGGGGGCUUUGAGGCUCAUUAUGAGAUGAUGAGAUGUGUUGUUCCCCCUGUUUAAGUUUUGUCUGUCAAAGAAACCAUUCUCUGGUUAUUGCUAUUGUAUCAGUGUAACUUGAGUUGUCUCAUGUGUUGAUCACUGAUAAGAUGAGAUCUGUUCUUCCCCCC